AUGGGCGACACGCUCCGAACGAGCAAGCCCCGCCCCGAUCCCGCACAGGUGCUGCAGCAGAAGGAGUCGCCGCAGAAACUGGCGGCGCAGCCGCGCAAGUUUGAUCUGCUUGCGAGCCCGCCCAAGAAGGAGCCGCCGUUCCCGCCCGAGCCCAGCCGCCGCACGCUGGCAGCGUUUCUCUUCAACCCGGGCCGCCAAGACCUGAUCUGCCUGCUCUUGAACAGCUACCCAGCGCCGCCCUCGCAGCUUCUAGGCGCUCGCUACUACGAAAACGGCACUGGCGCGGGCGCCAAUGUGGCUGCAAACAACUUGGCUGCAAACAACAUGACAAACAACAUGGCUGCAAACGGCGCGGGCGCUGCAAGCAAUGACGCUCAUGCGCCAGGGUCCGGCGCACGCUUCCGCGGCGACCUGAUUUUCCUUCCGCCUCCAGGCGACCCCGCCAGCGGCGUUGCCGAUUCCAGCGCGCACUCGGCUCUGGACGCUGCAGCAACUCUGCGCAACAACAGCAUUUUCAGCUCACUCAUCCAGAUACCUAACUCGGCGAGCGCGUCGGCGGCAAACUCCGUCAGCGGCGCUCCCCGGUCCCAGAAACGCCGCCGCUCCACCUCCGUCAGUCUUGGAGACAAUGACAAGGACGCUGCGGCAGCCUUCUGGGAGCUGCUUAACAUGGGUGGUGGCCUGAUUGCUGGCCUCAGCAACGACAGCGUCAAUGCGUUUUUGGCCAGCCUCCAAAAUAACGGCAGCAUCGACUUCACAGGCAUGAGCGACCAGCAGCGACGCGACUCGCUUCUCAAGUUCAUCAACGACCAGGGCGUAGGCCCAGGCCAAGGCAGCCAGCUGCAGAGUGCCGGUCAAGUUGCGGGCCAGAGCAUUGCCCAGAAACAACGCGAGCCUCAAAACCAGGCACCAACCCAGCCAGAGUCCACUCGUCUCCGUGAGGAUAUCUUUGACCGUCUGCGGACGAGAAAACCUUCCGGUGGCGACCAUCUUUCGCCUGCAUCAUCUAUGUCGUCCCGGUCAUCGCACAAGGUGGCUGAUGAGCUGCACCUGCCAAAAGCAUCGCCUGCUCAGCUAUCGACUCAACCAUACUUUCCUGCACUGGUCCCUCCUCAAGCCAUGCAGAAACAACCAGCUGCGUUUUAUCAACAGUAUCCUGGCGACCCAUACCCAUUUUCGUCCGGUACAUCAUACCCACCGCAGAAACAGCGGAACCAGUAUCUGUUUGGCGAAGCACCGCUGUACCAGACAGGACUGCCGGGGCUGUUGAGUCAACCAGCGCUGUUCUUCCGCCCACCGCUGGAUGGGCGUAUGAAUUACUCAUACAGACCACAACCAGAUCAGUUGGGUCAGUCUCUCCCUUUGGAUCAUACAAAUCAGCCCCCAUUGAACCUACCUGGUACCCCGCUUGGUAACCAACUCGGCUCACAAAUCAAUGGCCAAAUGGGCAACCCAAUGGGUCCAAGGAUGCGUAUGGGAAGUCAAAUGGGAAACCAAAUCGGAAACCAAAUGCCAAGCCAAAUGGGCAAUCCGAUGAAUGGCCCAUUGAAUGGUCAAAUUCAUGGUCAAAUGAGUCCCAACCAGUUGACCCACAUGGGCCAGUUGGGCCAGUUGAGCCCUGAAAAGGGUAUGGUUCCUGCUCAACAACAUGCGCAAGCAGAGGAUGGGCGUCCAUUGUUGGGUGCCACUAAAGUUGACCAACUAAUGCUCGUUAUCCAAUCUCGUGAAAAGGGCAACAAACAAGCCAUUCCCCAGGCUGCAGAUGGAAGCGUCAUGGCUGCUGAGGAUGACAAGAAUGUUCUACCGCUGACUAUAAAUUUGGUGGGCGGCGUAGAGAAGCCUGCUCGCGAAACCGCAGGCACGGAACUGGCCAGUUCAGACAAGAAGCACAAGCGCCGUGCAAAAACUCAACAAUGUCCAUACUGUCUCAAACAGUUUAACCAAUCCACCCACCUUGACGUUCAUGUGCGCUCACACAUUGGCUACAAGCCUUUCCAAUGCACUUAUUGCCUCAAGAGAUUCACUCAGGGCGGCAAUUUGCGCACGCACAUACGCCUCCACACAGGUGAAAAGCCUUUUACUUGUGAGGAGUGCAACAGGCUGUUCAGCCGCAAGGGCAAUUUGGCAGCGCACAUCUUGACCCAUAAAAAGGAGAAACCGUUUGAAUGUCGUCUCGAUGGGUGUGAUAAGUCCUUUACGCAAUUGGGAAACUUGAAGUCGCAUCAGAAUAAGUUCCACUUGCGCACGUUGAACCGACUUACACAGACAUUGGCAGAGCUUAGCGGGCCCGAUUUGGAAAAUUUGGAUCCGGAACAAAAGGAGUUGUUGGACUACUUCCGUAAGUUGUACAAGAACUCCAACAGAGGUAUUCGUGGCCGUGGAAAGCGUUUGGCACCUGCAGGUGAAGGCUCUAGCACUCAAAGCAGUCCCCAGCAAGUGCAGACGCAGCUUCUUGGACAGCCCAAUCCCACGGCACAGUAUCCUGAUGGCCUUCGAAGAGACUAUUGA